AUGUUUUGUGUUGGGCUACGAAAUGCUCUCCUUCUUCUUGCUCAUCAUCACCCUCUUCACCGGAGCUACUUCCCGUCCCGUCGUUUAUUGCUGCCCCAACACCACCACUUACACUCCAAACACCACUUACGCAACCAAUCUUAAGUCUCUCCUCUCCACUCUUUCUUCCCAUGGCAACCGCGAAAAUGGUUUCUACAGCUUCACUGCCGGCGACCACCAUGACGCCGCCGCGUACGGCCUGUUCUGGUGCCGGGGCGAUAUCCCAACCGCCGACUGCGAGAUGUGCGUAACUCAAGCUUGUACAGAUAUGUUGUGGCUGUGUCCCAAAGAGAAGACUGCCAUUGCCUGGUACGAUAAGUGUAUGUUGCGCUAUUCGGAUGGGCCUGUAUUGGGAAGAGGCGGCGAUGACCGGUUGGACAUAAGAGUUUUGUGUAGGAGAGAGCAGAAGCGUUCUCAACCGGCUCCGUUCAUGCAGUGGAUCAGAAAGACGUUGGAAGAGAUGACCGGUGGACUGACCGGCGGCAAGAAAUUUGGCACUCAAGAAGUUAACUUCACCGGCAGCGAGUCUGAUGAGACGAUAACGAUCUACAGUCUUGUGCAGUGCUGGCCGGAUAUUUCAGACUCGGAUUGUCAGACAUGCUUAAGAAGUGCAAUCCAACGACUGAAGGAAUGUGGGAAUUCAGCAUUGGGUGGUAGAGUACUCUUCCCAAGCUGUAGUUUUAGGUAUGAGACGUACCGUUUCUACCUUGGAGAUGAUGCAGGCAACAACGGAAAUUCUUCUUCAAAAGUGAUUUUUGCCAUUGCAGUUUCGGUCAUUAUAGGAAUUAUUAUACUCUUCCUUGCAACCUUCUCUUUUGUGAGAAUUAGAAAUGUGAAGAAACGAAAUGCCACAACAAAGACAACAGAUGUGGUUGGAUCUUCAGCUGGGGAGUUCUCGCAAUAUGAUUUUGUUACUAUUCGAGCUAUCACAAAUGAUUUUUCUCCCGAAAAUAAAAUAGGUGAAGGUGGAUAUGGUUCUGUAUACAAGGGGAUGCUUCCUAUCGGACAAGAAGUAGCUAUAAAAAGGCUCUCGAAAAGCUCAAGACAAGGAGAUCAAGAAUUCAAGAAUGAGGUUGAAGUAGUUGCCAAGCUUCAACACAAAAAUUUAGUAAGAUUACUGGGAUUUUGUUCACAAGGAGAAGAAAAGAUACUUAUUUAUGAAUUCGUGCCCAACAAAAGUCUUGAUUACUUUUUAUUUGAUCCUGAGAAGCAAUGUCAAUUGAAUUGGUCAAUGCGUUACAAAAUUAUAAGAGGAAUAGCACGAGGAUUACUUUACCUUCAUGAAGAUUCUCGUCUUAGAAUCAUACAUCGUGAUCUCAAAACAAGCAAUAUACUAUUAGACGCAAAUAUGGAUCCAAAAAUAGCUGAUUUUGGCUUGGCAAAAAUUUUUGGAGUUGAUCAAACUCAAGGAAAUACAAAUAGAGUUGUUGGAACCUAUGGUUACAUGUCCCCUGAAUAUGUCAUGCAAGGAGAAUUUUCGGUGAGCUCUGAUGUUUUUAGUUUCGGUGUAAUACUUUUAGAGAUUAUUACUGGAAGGAAGAAUCGCUACUACUACCAAAUAAAUCAAACACAGAACCUUCUAAGCUAUGCUUGGGAACAGUGGAGGGAUGGCGAGCCAUUAAAAAUAGUAGAUCCAACUCUCGAAGAGUCUUAUGCAGCAAAUGAAGUUAUUCAAUGCAUGCACAUUGGCUUGUUAUGCGUUCAAGAAUAUGCAAAUGAAAGACUUACAAUGGGAGAAGUUAUGUGUAUGCUUAAUAAUUAUUCUGCUAAUAAUUGGGCAAUACCUCAUGAACCUGCAUUUUACGGUAAUGGAAGAAGGAGGAUGCCAAGAGAGAUAAUGGAGUUGGAGCAAUCUAUGACUGUAAAUGAAGUAUCAAUAUCUGAACUCUAUCCAAGAUAAGGGAGAUGGCUAUGGAU